GUCAGGUGUUUUCAUCUAACUUUUAGCUCGUCGGGGAAAAAGAAAGAUGCGGCGCUCUGGAGCUCCCAGCAAGCUCUUGGGUAAUCCAGUGAAAAAGCCUCGGUUUGUGCCACCUGGUGCAUGUACUUCACUUUCUGUGGCUGAAUCCAAGCCUCUGUCCCCCAAACUUGGUUUAGGCAAUGCACUGGAUAAAAUCCAGAGAAGCCUUGCAACACCAGGUGCAAGUAAGACAGAGUUUAACGUCCAGCCUGAAGCUGCCCCAGCCUUGUCAAAGGUUCUGGCUCGUGUUCUCAGUGCAACUGAGAGUAAGGAAAAUGAGGCUGAGACAAAGCAUCAGAACCCUGGAUUAGGAGCCUCUGCCGAAGACUAUAAACCAGCAGAACGCGCGGCGCGGGCACGCUUUCCUGGAGCUCCUCCUGCAGGCUCAGACUCCGGCUGCAGUCAGGACGGGGCGCGUUACUUCAGUGUGGUGUGGUGUAAGGCCAGCAAGAAGAAACAUAAGCGCUGGGAGGGAGACGCAGUGCUGGUGACAAGAGGACGAACAGUCACUCUUAAAGAUAUGGAGGGGAAGGAUAUCGGAAAGGGUAGUGGCUACAAGGUGUCGGAGCUGGCCUCGCUCUCCGAGGGAGAGACUCUCAUGAUUGGUGGGAAAGAGGUGGAGGUGAUGGGAGUCAUUUCUGCUGAGGACUUUGCCAAGGGGCGCUGUUUUCAGGAGGUCCAAACAGAGCGAGUGGAGUUAAACACAAAGUCUGCUCCACCACCCUCCUGCCGCUUGGCAUUCAAACCUUUUUGCCCUCCAACAAUGGUGGGCGGAGCGGGCCACAGAGAAACAAAACCAGAGGAGGAACAAACCCGCAGACCUCGCCAUGACCCCCUCGCUCCAGGUGCACUGGUGAUGCCUCGCCCUUCCGCCAACCAACAGUGGUUAAAUAACAAGUCAGGGCUUCCUGUGGUUGAUGUUGUGCUUGACCCACACCUGACCACACACCUGCGACCACACCAGAGGGAUGGCCUGCUCUUCCUCUACGAGUGUGUCAUGGGCAUGAGAGCUGCAGGUUGCUACGGUGCGAUCCUGGCUGACGAAAUGGGUCUGGGAAAGACUCUCCAGAGCGUGGGGCUGUCUUGGACGUUGCUGAAGCAGGGACCUUACGGUGGGAGGCCAGUUGCUAAGCGUGUGCUUGUGGUUACACCUGGCAGCCUGGUACAGAACUGGGCCGCAGAAUUCAACAAGUGGCUGGGCCGUGAGAGGAUCAGCGUUUUCACUGUGGAUCAGGACCACAGGAUAGAGCAGUUCGUUUUGUCCCCACUGCACACCGUUCUUGUGAUAAGCUAUGAAAUGCUGCUUCGCUGCCUGGAGCAGGUCCAGAAAGUUGAUUUUGGUCUUAUAAUCUGUGAUGAGGGUCACAGAUUAAAGAAUAGCAACAUCAAAACAUCAUCAGCCCUCAGCAGCCUCGAGUGUAAUCACAGAGUCAUACUUACAGGCACUCCAGUUCAAAACGACCUGCAGGAGUUCUACGCCAUCAUUGAGUUUGUGAACCCUGGGAUUCUGGGCUCAUCGACUGCUUAUAGAAAAGUAUAUGAGGAACCAAUCCUGCGCUCCAGACAGCCCUCAUGCACAGAGGAGGAGAGAGUUUUGGGAGAGGAGCGAGCGGCCGAGCUCUCUCGUCUGACCGGCAUGUUCAUCUUGAGGCGGACGCAGGAAAUCAUCAACCGCUACCUGCCUCCUCGCCUCGACUGGACGUUGUUCUGCGAGCCGUCCCCUCUGCAACGAGAGCUGUACAAGCACCUCCUCUGCCACAGAGUCUUCAGGGCCUGCCUUCAGGGCUCCACUCAAACCCACACACAUCUGGCUUGCAUCACCGCACUGAAAAAGCUCUGUAAUCACCCCGGACUGCUCCACGUCACUGUUAAGGAGAGGACAGAUGCUGGCUCUGUGGAGAGUUCAUUAUAUGAGGGCCUGGCAGAUCUCUUCCCAGAAUCCUAUUCUUCAGGAGGAUUCACCAUGGCUGACUCUGGAAAACUGCUGGUUCUUACGGACCUGCUUGCCGCCAUUAGACAGCUGAGCUCUUCAGACAGGGUGGUCGUAGUGUCAAACUACACUCAGACGCUAGACUUGCUCCAAGACCUGUGUGUACACAUGGGCUACACCUUCUGUCGGCUGGACGGACAUACCCCCACGAACCAGAGGCAGCGACUGGUCGACAGUUUCAACAGUCCCUAUUCUCAGAACUUCCUGUUUCUGCUGAGCUCUAAAGCAGGUGGGGUUGGGCUUAAUCUCAUUGGCGCUUCCCACCUGGUGCUAUACGACAUCGACUGGAACCCUGCCAAUGACAUUCAGGCCAUGGCUCGGGUGUGGAGAGAUGGACAGAAGAAGACUGUGCACAUCUACCGUCUUCUCACUGCAGGCACCAUUGAGGAGCGUAUAUUUCAGCGACAGGUGUCUAAACAGGGACUCUCUGGAACCGUGGUUGACAUGGGGAAAGGGGCAGAGCACACGAGUUUCUCCACCAGUGACCUGCGAGAUCUUUUCAGCCUGACGGAGACGCCCUGCCUGACUCAUGACCUGCUGAACUGUGGCUGCGGCAUGGAUGGCACACUCAGCGCUGUCACAGAGGACGAGGAGCUGGUUUCCGAACGGCCCUGCCAGCUCGGUCGUCAAGGUGACCGUAAGGGGGCGGCACAGAAGCAUCUCAGCAUGUCCGAGCUCAUGCAGUGGAGACAUUUCUCCGGUGACACACACUCCUUCUCCGACCUCUACCUCGAUCACGCGCGACACAACAUCACUUUCGCCUUCCAGACCACCAUCUCUCACGCAACCCAGUAAACAGCCGACUCGUGUGACGCACACUCGCAUAGCUUCCUGCACAAACUUCUUCAGGUCCUCUGGACUUUGUCAGUCUCGAUUUGACGUAUGAAUAAUGCUCCACCACUGCUGCACGUUAUGCCAUUUCCAGUAGUUUUAAAACCGCUUUGCUCAUGAGAUUCUGUAUUGCCCUAAAAUAUUCACCUUUUGUUUAUUUAUGCAAAAUAAUUCACUGUAAAAUUCUAUAAAAUAAGCAUAAAUGAAUAAGAAAUGUUUAACAUUUGUCAGCGUUUGAAAAGUUCUUGCUGGUGGAAGAGGCGCAUAUAAAAUACAGAUUUAUAUCAUGGGUAUGGCCAUUCAACAGACAUUUCUAUCCAAAGGAAUAUUUAUUAUGUCAUUGGUAGGAUUUAUGUUUCUGUGGGGUGCCCAGUGAAUGGAGAGAAUGUGUUUACAUUCAAAAGAAUUUGUUUACAGCAGUUUGCUUAGUGAGAAUGAGCCCCCACCCCCCUACCCAUCCCAAUGGGAAGGGCAAAGCAUCUCUGGCCUCCACUGUCGUGCUUUAAUGUCAGAAUUUGUUAUGCAAUGACCACACACGUUACUGUGGAGCGAGCAAAUCUGCUGGGCUGUCGAUGUGGGCCAUACUGCGGUCUGUUCAGUCUAUUAUUUUGGAUGACACUGGUCUGUUCAUGCUCUUCAACACAAAGCUGCCGCGUGGGAGUUACAGCAUGUAGUUUCUGUGUGUGUGUGUGUGUGUGUGUGUGUGUGUGUGCACGCACACCCAGAAUUCACAUAUGAUUUGAGUCUCGGUCUGUCAGAUUGACUGUGCUCCAGUAUACAAUGCAUUUCCUUGCAGUGCAAUUAUCAUUUAUUCGAGGAUCACCACUGUGCGUGAUUGUUAAGCAACUUCGUUGUAUAAUAAAUGGGUCUCUGGGAUGAUAACUUUUUUGUAUGCAUAUGACAGUUGGACGAUUACGCACACACCUGCUGUUAUUCUGUGGACACACUGGGAAUUGAAACACAACACUUCCUGUGCCAGGAUUCGGCCUCAUAUGAACGUUGCAUGUUGUGCAAUAUAUUAAAUAUGUCAUUUUGCUAUCAAAUGUAGGCCCUCCGGAAGCUCAUCAGUUUAGGAUGUAGAAAUCACAAAGAGAAGUGCAAGUAUAUGAAAGAAAACAGCAAAAUGAGUUGUUCAGGAGCUAUGAACCUGCCUGCCUAAUUAAAUGUGUGGAUGCUAAUUGGGAUGUGCAGGUACUCGAUAACUGACUGGUGUUGGGAAUACAAUUUAUAGAUAAUUGGCUUGUACAUACAGAGCCAAGAUGUACACAGAUAUGUGGUAUUAUAAAUUAUUGUUUUAGUAUACUAGUGCUCCUCAGAAACGUUCAUAUAUUUUAUAUUCAAUAAACGUGAGGUGAAAUAUUUCAGUGUUAGUAUAGCCAGUUUUGAACGCCAGGGAUCGGGGCGCCAGGACUUUCUACUAAGCACUGAACCCACAUUACUUUUUUGAGCUAAGGCCUAGCCACCAGGACCUCGUGACACGGGGCAGUCGCUGGAGAGAUUAUCUCUGGCUUGGAAACAUCUUGUUGUCCUCCUGGAGGAGAUGGCAUAUUGGUUGUUGUCAGAACCUUGAGGCGACUGUUUUGAUUUGGGGCUAAAUAAAUAAAAUUGAAUUGAAUUGAAUCAGCCAUUAUACAAGAUUCAAAGAUUUAUUUGUUUUUAUUGUUAGUGCUCUAUAUGUACAGGAAAUACAGGAGAACUGAAUAGUUCCUGAGACCAAUUUUUUUUUAAAAGGAGAUUAACAGGAAUGUCCAGCUUCUGAAAGGUAUAAUUAUUUAUAAGCUUAUUUCUUGGUUGGAGCUCCUUUACCACAAAUUACUGUGUCAGUGUGUUGUAACAUGGGGGCUUGUUGGACUGCUGAGGCUUCACUGAAGCCCAGGCUACUUUUACAGCAGUCUACAGCUCAUCUGUAUUUCCGAGUCGGAUAUUUUUCAUCAUAGAUUCUCAAAUGGGUUCAGGUUCAAUAACAAGGUCACCAAACUGGCAGUUCUCCAUGAAGCCUGUAAGCAGAUGGAAGCAUUAAUUCUCUGAAUCUAAAGUUUCCUUGUUAAAUGCUUCACUGACUUUGGAUUUGGUAAAACACAGAGGAGCAACCACUGCAAACAUCAGCAGAUGACCCACCGAAUCACCAAACUGUACUGGAUUGUGCCCCUCUCCACAGUUCUUCCAGACCUUGAUUUCAAAAUGAAAUACAAAGUUUACUUACCUUGGAUCAUUGAGCAACAGUGACGUAAAACUGUCUGGUUCAGGAGUGGUUGGAUAUUAGGAAUAUGACAGCCACAGCUCCUUUCCUGAAGACAUCUGUGCUGAUGGUGCUCCAGCACAAGCCUCACUCAGUCUUAGUGAGCCUCUCCCAAGUUCUUGAAUGAACUUUUCUUAACAAUCCUCUCAAGGUCACCAUCACCCAGGUUGCUUUUUGCACUUUUUCCCUUCCAGUGAACUUUCCAACAACAGGCUUCGCUGCAGCAUCCUGAACAGUGACUUUGUGCGACUUACCCUCUGGGUGGAGGUUGUCAGAGAUCUUAAUCUGGACAGUUCUCAAAUCUGCAGUUUUCCACAUGAUUGUAGUUGCAUGUACUGAAUUAGGCUGAAGGAUACCUACAUAUAGUAUUUAUACUGUUUAAAUAGU